AUGAUUCUUCUGUUCUACGCAUUGAUCGUACAGGAAGCUCUGUCCUGGCCUGACGGCGCUCCGUGUCUUCAUGCUGCUUACGAGAGUAUGAAUCCACUUGAAGCCGUUGAACACCAAGGUGGUCUACAGUUGACUCCCCCACCGUACGAAAUUAAGGUAGAUCAGAAGUGCUACUGGAGGAAUCAGCCUGUUACACUGCAUCUCCAAGGAGUGAAUGAUACAGUGUGGUACAAAGGCUUCGUCAUACAGCCUUUUGAGUGGAACAACGGUCAACUAGGACAAAGAAUGGGGCAAUUGAUGCGACUUGACGACAACGGCUCAUGGCAGCAGCAGUGUUUCAGAUUCAAAAAUUCUGCCACACACUCGCACGAUGAAAAGAAGAAGCAUAUCCGUCUAUGGUGGAAGAUCGAUGAGGAUAGUAGAACUGUGCAGUUUGUAGCGACCGUAGUAAAACACCAGACGAUGUUCUGGGUUAAAUCUGUGCUAUCGCCACCGAUUCCGCCGUGUCGAGUGUCGAAGAACGGCAUUGAGAACUACGAGAAACCAUUGCCGACUCCACCACCGCCAGUGAAACAGUUCAAAAUGGAUACCAGUAGGGCUUUCGGUAGCGACCGUAUUGCUCUGCCAUCUGCUCCAGGUCAAGCUCCAGCUCCAGCUCCAGCUCCAGCUCCAGCUCCUCCUCCAGUUCCAGCUCCAGCUCCACAACCAGCAGCAGUAAUACCAGUGGUUCGUAGUGGUAGCGCUACUGCAUCUCGUGGCCGUACUACUAGUUUUACUCGCAGCCGCAUAAGUUCUCGUAAUCGAAAUGCGUUCAGUCGCCGUCCUUUCGGCGCGAACAGAACGCGAGCUCGUUUCCAAAAUCGUAGACCUACAUAG